GAGGCUCCGCCCCGCCCGGGAGAAGGCGGGGGCGGGGGCGAGAGGCGCGCGGCAGCGGCGGGAUGGAGAGACAAAUCCUCGGCAUCCUGAAGGAGCUGGACGCGAAGGAGCUGCGUGAAUUCAAGUUCCACCUGCGAAAACGGGAGAAUGACCCGCACUGCCCCAGCAAGGCGGACCUGGAGGGCGUGCAGGAAUACCCGGCGCUGGCGGAGCUGCUGGCGCAGCGCUACCCGCGCACGGCCACGGAGGUGCUGAGCGAGACGCUCGCCUGCAUCCCCCGCAACGACUUGGUCGACAGGAUCCGUCCGGGAAAGGCGGCAGAUGCUGUAAGAACUGGUCACAAGCAAACCACGCAUCAGACAAAUGAUACAAGUUUUAAAGAAAGAACUGAGCAAAGUGAGCAGGGCAAACUGGAUAAGUAUGACAUGAGCAAAAAACGUGUGGCUUUUAUGAUGUGCGUGAAAAAAGAGCGGUCAGGUGCAGAAAAGGAUAUUGAAAGAAUGAAUAAGUGGCUUUGCAAGUACCAAUUUGAAGAACUUUCUCAACCGUGCGUAGAUCCUGAUGGGAAGGAAAUACUGUUGGCGUUGAAAAAGUUCCGGGACAAAAUCAAUCAAUCAAAGGAUGAAGUUAGCUGCUGCCUCAUCACUCUUAUGAGUCAUGGGAGAAAUGGCUACAUUCGAGGGAAAGAUUCUGAACACGUUCUUCUUGAUGAUAUAUUUGCAUUAUUCAACAAUAUGCAGUGCCCAAAACUCCAAGAAAAACCUAAAAUCUUUAUCAUUCAGGCAUGCAGAGGAGGAAAGAAAGACUCUGGUGUUGAAAAAACAGAUGAUGAACCUGAGGAAGUUGAUGAUACUUCUCACUUCAGGCUCCCAACAGCUAGUGAUUACUUUAUAGUGUAUUCCACUCAAAAGGAUUACGUUUCUUUACGUAAUACAGAAAAAGGCUCCAGGAUCAUUGAAGCAAUGGAUGAAGUCUUAUCAAAGGAUGGCACAGAGUGGCAUAUCUGGGAUUUAUUUACUAAAAUCAACAGCAACCUGGUUGGCAAAACCUUUGAGCACAAUAACUCCAGUGUCAAACAGACACUAGUUAUGGAAUCAACUCUGACAAAAGCUUUGUACCUUGCACCUUAAUAGGCUGACUGCCUUUUGAAAAGUCACCUUAUCAAUUAUAGAAAAAAAAUUUAGUUAACCAGCGUUUUUAUGGAAUUACAAUUUUUUUCAACAGCAGUCAUUUUUAGAAAACACUCUUUUUACAAGAUGAAGGCAAACAUUUUUCAACCAUUUAUAAAUAAAGUCAACCAGUACAAAAAGA